GUGGAUGGGAUGUGGUGUUAAAACGCAGCACUUUCAGUUCUAGACCUGGAAGGCCUCCUAAGAGGACUCAAAGUGUCACCUCCCCAGAGAAUUCUCAUAUCAUGCCACAUUCUGUCCCAGGCCUAAUGUCUCCUGGAAUCAUCCCGCCAACAGGUCUGACAGCAGCAGCUGCAGCAGCAGCAGCUGCCACCAAUGCUGCAAUAGCAGAAGCAAUGAAAGUGAAAAAAAUUAAAUUGGAAGCUAUGUCCAACUAUCAUGCGAAUAAUAACCAGCAUGGAGCAGACUCUGAGAAUGGAGAUCUGAAUUCAAGUGUUGGCAGCAGUGAUGGUUCUUGGGAUAAAGAAAAACUUCAAUCUCCCCCCACCCAAGGAUCACAGGCCUCUGUUAACCACCCCAGCUUGCCUGGACAGCAUAAUGUUCCAGUUAGCCAUCCUCUCAACCCUCUUCAACAGAACCACCUUCUGCCAAAUGGAUUGGAACUUCCUUUUAUGAUGAUGCCCCACCCAUUAAUUCCCGUGAGCCUACCUCCAGCAUCUGUCACGAUGGCAAUGAGCCAGAUGAAUCACCUUAGUACCAUUGCCAACAUGGCAGCAGCAGCACAAGUGCAGAGUCCUCCAUCCAGAGUUGAGACAUCUGUUAUUAAGGAACGUGUUCCAGACAGCCCUUCUCCUGCUCCUUCUCUUGAGGAGGGCCGAAGACCUGGCAGCCAUCCAUCCUCUCAUCGAAGCAGCAGCGUGUCCAGCUCUCCUGCGCGGACCGAGAGCUCUUCAGACAGAAUCCCAGCUGUCCAUCAGAACGGGCUAUCUAUGAACCAAAUGCUGAUGGGUUUGUCACCUAAUGUCCUGCCUGGACCUAAGGAAGGUGAUCUGGCUGGUCAUGAUGUGGGACAUGAGACAAAAAGAAUACACAUUGAGAAAGAUGAGACCCCGCUCUCCACACCAACCGCAAGAGACAGCCUUGACAAACUUUCUCUAACUGGGCAUGGGCAACCACUACCUCCGGGUUUUCCAUCUCCUUUUUUAUUCCCUGAUGGAUUGUCCUCCAUAGAGACCCUUCUGACUAACAUCCAGGGUCUACUAAAGGUUGCUAUAGACAAUGCCAGAGCUCAAGAGAAACAGGUCCAACUGGAAAAGACAGAGCUGAAGAUGGAGCUCUUCAGGGAACGAGAACUGAGGGAAACACUUGAAAAACAGUUGGCUGUGGAGCAGAAGAACAGAGCAAUAAUUCAGAAAAGACUAAAGAAGGAAAAGAAGGCAAAGAGGAAAUUGCAGGAAGCACUCGAAUUUGAGACUAAACGACGAGAGCAAGCAGAACAAACACUGAAACAGGCAACUUCAACAGAUAGUCUCAGGGUCCUAAAUGACUCUCUGACCCCAGAGAUAGAAGCUGACCGCAGCGGGGGCAGAACAGAUGCUGAAAGGACAAUACAAGAUGGAAGACUUUAUUUGAAAACUACUGUCAUGUAUUGAAUUUUUCCUGCUGAAAAUACGUGUUCUACAGUAAAGAACGUUGCAGUAAGACAUUGGCUAAUAAGGAGUUAUGUGGAAACAAAGUGUUUUCAAGCCAACUUCCUCAACUUCAUUUAUCAAUGUUCUUCGAAAAUGUAAAGAAUUCUGCAAGAGUGUCCUCCUUUGGUUAUCUCCUGUGGCUCAACCCGGAGACCUAGAGAAUGUUUGUAAAUGUACAGUAGCACUCUUCUUACAGCGAAAAUCUGUAUCUCUGCACCGGACUAUUGUAUCCAAAAUUACAGGUGGUCAGAACAAGGCUGAGUAUUCCCUUUUUCAAGGAAUGCAGACUCUCUCCUCUGAUGAUGAUUCUAUAUUUGAGCACAUCAAAUGAUCCUUCCAGUGGUGUCCAACUACACUUACAGACUGUUAUAUCAUACCGAAACCAGCAAGACAGCUCAGAAAUGAACUCGUAGAGGGCAUAAGAGGAUUCUUAAUUUAAAAAAAAAAAAAAAAAAAAAGGUAAAAGAAGAAAAAAUUGAUACAUUCAGUUUUCAAAUUAUGAUGGUGAAUUUUCUUCUAAAGACUUUUUUUCCACAUGCUUUCCAAGAGACCAACACAUAUAUGUUAGACUACAUUAAGUGAAAUGGAAUUUUGUGUAAGUGAAAAGAAAUGCUGAAUGUAAACAAACUGUUUUACUGUUCACAAAGUCUCUUUUCCUAAAAUAAAAUAAAUUAAAAACCAAUAAAAAACAAUAAUAAUUUCUCAUUGUAAACUGGCAGGGGUUUAUGAAAUAAAAGACUUUGCUUCUUAUCAAAAUGUUGGUCACAUGUACAGUAUAUAACACAAAUCACACAAGGAAGGUAUUAUGUAUGCAGUAGAAAUCUAGAGUUUAGGAAAUGAAACUUUUAGAUAAUAUUGUUUUGUCACCCUGUUGGUCAGAAAGACACCUUUCUAGUUUUAACGCAUGCAGGCAUGUAAAUAUUUGUCCUGGAGUCACAGUAUUACUGAAUGAGAUCUUAAGCAUCUGGUAACGAGUCAGAAUUCUGUAUCAGCCACUUUUAUUUGUAUAUUGAGCUCUGGAUAGUGCCCUGACUAGUGCACUUCUAAGAAUGGACUGUGGCUGAGCAGCAAGUCAAAAUGCCAGAAAUAUUUUUAUAUGUUAAUGUCAUAUUGCGUCAAUGUUGCUAAAAAAAGAAAACCUAACAAACACUUGAUGUAUCAGUCCAAUUCCACGUAGAACUGAGUGAUACAGUUGAAGUCUAUUGUCCCUCCCGCCUUGUCUUAGGGAUGGAUGGUUAUGUGUUACUUUCACUGUCUUUAUGAAAGCUACAAUAUGUGUUUUCACCUUUGUGCUGAUAACUGGAAGUAAGCUGCAACACACUGCUUAUUACAUUACUAAAAAUUAUGUUCUUUGCUUUGCGUACUUUUGGGUUACCCCUUUAAAGACUGAUUUUGUGAAUCAGUGCUAUUACUGUAAGUUUUGUGAUUAUGCUUUCUUCAUCUAAUGUUUUAUGCAUAUAAAAUAUUAUUUAUUACAUGGAAACAUAUCAAAACCUUAAAUGUCUAAGAUGCCUAACUUAAAGCAAAUAUUUCUUUAAAAAUAGUUCUGAUUGGAUAUUAAUAUUAUUUUGUCAAAAAAAAUCUAAUGUUUUGUAAACUCUAGCACUGAGCUUCUAUAGUUUGUAGGUCUUCCUUGCAAUACUGGUAGACAUUUAUUUUGUGCAGUUCAUAUUUACUCCACCACAAUCCUUUUUUAACAAUAGAAAGAUGUAUAUACAACUUCACAUCACAGUAAUUUUUUUAAAGAAAUACUGAGCAAUAUUUUUCAUUAAAUAUUGUUGCCUAAUACUUUGUAGUGAUAUUAUUUUCUAACCACGAUUCUUUCAUGAUUUUCACAGUUGCUUAAACACACAUGGGAUUCUGUACUCCAGUUUUUUCAUAUGCAGUCUUUAAAGGGUUAACAGCUGUAAAGUUAGAUGGACUUGUGGCAAGCUUUUGAAUCAUUCAUAUCUGAAAGAGAAUUAAAAGCCUACAACUGAAAUAUGUAGUAGCAUCUACCAUUGCUCUGCUCCUUGCAUAGAGUCACCUGUAAGUAGGUUUAGUAGUUUUACAGUAUAUUCUUUCAAGACCUUUGGGAAUGCCUCAGUGUUUGGCUUGGUACAUAAACAGAAAUGUUAAGUAUUAAAGGGGAACCAAUUUAUGAGCUGGAUGUUUAGAAAGAAUCUUGCUAAAAACAGUGUAAAUAUUACAGACCAUGAGAUUUUACCGUAAGUUGAAUUUUUUUGCCCCUCUUUAGUUUCACAGGUUUUGGGUUGUUAUUUUGUUUUUGGUUUUUGAUUUGGGUUUUGUUUUGUUUUGGGUUUUUUUGCAUAGAUUAUGAAGAAAAGUUGUGCUCAUGUUAUUGUUUAUAUGCUUUUGUAAUCUUAAAGAUAUUAAUGUCUAGUUGUUCUAUAUUAUAACCACAUUUGCGCUCUAUGCAAGCCCUUGGAACAGAACAUACUCAUCUUCAUGUAGGACCUAUGAAAAUUGUCUAUUUUUAUCUAUAUAUUUAAAGUUUUCUAAAAAGGAAAAAAGGUUAUUACGAAUUUUGUUGUACAAAAUCUGUACAAAAAUCUGUUUUUACAUCAUAAUGCAAGAAUUCGAAAUUUUUCUAUGGUAGCCUAGUUAUUUGAGCCUGGUUUCAAUGUGAGAACCACGUUUACUGUUAUUGUAUUUAAUUUUCUUUUCUUUUCAACAAUCUGCUAAUAAAACUGUCUGAAAUCUCCCUGCGACUUUA